UGUUCAUCUGUGGCAACCAGGGCCAGACGUCUGUCAGGUCAGGAGGACAAGGGCAAGCGUGAGAGACAGAGAGAGACAGAGAAAGAGAGCUCGAGGAGAAGCGACAGUCAGGACACACCAUCACGUCUCCUCCACACUCACAGUCAAAGGAUAUUUAUUUGAGUUUCUUCAGGAGGCACAGGAAAGUAAACAAAGAUGAUGACCAUGACCCAGGUGGAGACCACGGUCCACUAUGAUAACGGCUACGAGGAGGUAUACAUGUUGCAGGAGGACGAGUGGGACAGGGACAUGCUGCUGGACCCGGCCUGGGAGCAGCAGCAGAGGAAGACCUUCACAGCCUGGUGUAACUCCCACCUGAGGAAAGCUGGUACUCAAAUCGAAAAUAUCGAGGAAGACUUCAGGAAUGGACUAAAGCUCAUGCUGCUCCUGGAAGUUAUCUCAGGAGAGAGAUUACCUAAGCCAGACAGAGGGAAGAUGCGUUUUCAUAAGAUCGCUAAUGUCAACAAAGCUUUGGAAUACAUCACAAGCAAAGGAGUGAAACUGGUCUCCAUUGGAGCUGAAGAGAUUGUGGACGGUAAUGUAAAGAUGACUCUUGGAAUGAUCUGGACUAUCAUCCUCCGCUUCGCCAUUCAGGACAUUUCUGUGGAAGAAACAUCUGCCAAGGAAGGUCUUCUCCUGUGGUGUCAGAGAAAGACUGCCCCCUACAGGAAUGUCAAUGUCCAAAACUUCCAUGUCAGCUGGAAGGACGGCCUGGCCUUCUGCGCCCUGAUUCAUAGACACAGACCCGACCUCCUCGACUACUCUAAACUCAACAAGGAUGAUCCUUUGGGGAACCUGAACCUGGCUUUUGACAUAGCCGAGAAACACCUGGACAUUCCCAAAAUGCUGGACGCCGAAGAUAUCAUCAAUACCCCCAAGCCUGAUGAACGAGCCAUCAUGACCUAUGUGUCCUGCUUUUACCACGCUUUUGCUGGCGCUGAGCAGGCAGAGACGGCUGCCAACAGGAUCUGUAAGGUGCUCGGCGUAAACCAGGAGAAUGAGAAGCUCAUGGAGGAGUAUGAGCGACUGGCCAGUGAGCUGCUGGAGUGGAUCCGUCGCACCACUCCCUGGCUGGAGAAUCGCACCCCAGAGAAGACCAUGGCAGAGAUGCAGCAGAAGCUGGAGGAUUUCAGGGACUACAGGCGCCAGCACAAGCCCCCGAAGGUGCAGGAGAAGUGCCAGCUAGAAAUUAAUUUCAACACCCUGCAGACCAAGCUGCGCAUCAGCAAUCGCCCUGCGUUCAUGCCGUCCGAGGGGAAAAUGGUGUCUGAUAUUGCCAGUGCAUGGCAAGGCCUGGAGCAGGCAGAGAAAGGUUACGAGGAGUGGCUCCUUACUGAGAUCCGCAGGCUGGAGAGGCUGGAUCACCUGGCAGAGAAGUUUCGCCAAAAAGCCUCCAGUCAUGAGAACUGGGCCAGUGGUAAGGAGCUGAUCCUCUCCCAGAGGGACUAUGAAACAGCCACCUUGACAGAAAUCAGAGCGUUACUUCGCAAACACGAGGCCUUUGAGAGCGACUUGGCAGCCCACCAGGACAGAGUGGAGCAGAUUGCUGCCAUCGCACAGGAACUCAAUGAGCUGGACUACCAUGAUGUAGCUGCUGUGAACCAGCGUUGCCAGAGUAUCUGUGAUUUGUGGGACAAGCUGGGAACCCUGACUCAGAAGAGAAGGGAGGCACUGGAGCGGACAGAAAAACUGCUGGAGACUAUUGAUCAGUUGUUCCUGGAGUUUGCCAAGAGGACUGCUCCAUUCAACAACUGGAUGGAAGGAGCCAUGGAGGAUCUGCAGGACAUGUUCAUCGUGCACACUACUGAAGAAGUCCAGAGUUUAAUCGCGGCCCAUGAGCAGUUCAAAGCCACUCUACCUGAGGCGGAUGCAGAGAGACAGGCUAUCUUGGGAAUCCACAAUGAGGUGCAGAAAAUUUCCCAGAGCUAUGGGAUCAAGGCCAACUUUCUGAACCCCUACAGCACCAUUUCAACAGAGGAGCUGCUCAACAAAUGGGAAAAGGUAAAGAAGCUGGUUCCUCAAAGAGACGGUGCCCUCCAGGAGGAGAUGGCACGCCAACAUGCCCAUGAAAGGCUGAGACGGCAGUUUGCUGCCCAGGCUAAUCUCAUUGGACCUUGGAUACAGACCAGGAUGGAGGAAAUUGGACGCUGCUCGCUGGACAUCGGUGGAGCUCUGGAGGACCAGAUGACCCAGCUGAAGCAAUUCGAGCACGUCAUUGUCGCUUAUAAGCCCAACAUUGACAAACUGGAGGGAGACCACCAGCUAAUCCAAGAGUCCCUGGUGUUUGAUAACAAACAUACCAACUACACGAUGGAGCACAUCCGUGUCGGGUGGGAGCUGCUGCUCACGACCAUCGCCCGAACCAUCAAUGAGAUCGAGACCCAGAUCCUGACCCGCGAUGCCAAGGGCAUCAGCCAGCAGCAGAUGAAUGAGUUCAGAUCCUCUUUUAGCCACUUUGACCGGGUACAGCUCCCCCGCCAUUUCACAUGA